AUGGGAGAUUUUGUGGAGGGUAGGUGGGAAUGGAAGUUAUCAUGGAGAAGGGACUUUUUUGAUCAUGAAAUUCACUUGGCAGCUGAUUUCCUAGCUGAGAUCGAUUCUACUCACAUUCACCAAUCCAACAGAGAUUUCCUUUGCUGGAAGCCAGAUACUAAUGGAAUUUUUUCAACAAAAUCUGCCUACAAAGUGCUGCAGGAGUCUCACCAUAGUGAUAGUGAAGACAAUGUUCUUAAAAGUAUGUGGAAAUUGAAAAUUCCUCCAAAAGUGAGUGCUUUUUCUUGGAGAUUUUUCAAAAAUAGACUUCCUACUAGGGACAAUCUCAGAAAGAGACAGGUCACAAUGUCGUCUUAUAGCUGUCCUCUCUGUGACCAUGAAGAAGAAUCGAUUUAUCAUCUUAUGUUCAACUAUGAAAAGACUAGGAGUCUUUGGUGGGAGACAAUGAGAUGGGUUAAUAGAGUGGGUCCUCAUUCCAUAGAUCCAAAGAAUCACUUUUUACAAUUCACCCAGUGGAAUAGCAAAGCUAGGACAAACAAAAGAUGGGAAUUUUUGUGGCUAACCCUGUCCUUCUCCAUUUGGUAUCAUAGAAAUGCCAUGCUUUUCAAGAACCAGCCGUUCACUCCUGAAAAGGUCAUGGAUGAUGCCUUGUUCCACACCUGGUCCUGGCUAAAAUGUGUGGAGAAGGACUUCAAUAUGCAUUUUACUUUCUGGUCAACCAAUCUAAAGGAUGUUUUUUCCUAG